UUUUCUUAUCUCACCUCAGAGUAGAUAAUGUAAAGUCCUGACUGGUAUGGAUAAACACUCAACAAACACCAGAGAUUGUGUUCAGUCUUUAGUCUCAAAACGUCACCAUCUGCUGUCAUCAUGAAUACACUCUGGCUGGUAGUUAGUUUUGCUCUUCUAACAGUUGUUUCCCCUGCUCAGUUCGGGAUCUGUGUUGAACAAUGCAGCCCCAGUUUCAUCCUGAGCGCAGUUAGAGCCCUUGGCUGUCCAAGUGGCCAGGCGUGCAUGUCAAACGGAUGUGGACACACAUGUCAACCAAUUUUAGAAAGACGUGCCAACUGUCCAUUUGUAGCCUGCGGUCUCUACUGUCAGUUUGGCUUUAGAGUGGUCGACGGAUGUACCUUGUGUAGCUGUAACCCGAAUCCAUUCAUAGAUUUGAUUGGAUAAGCUUAUCACGUGACUGAUGUGUCUUUCAUUAAAAUUUGUUUGGAAAAAAAAAAGUUCUGUUAUCAAAGGGAGAUAAUAAAAAGAAUCAUAAACUAUAA